UAAUUGUGCAUUCGAUGCUUCCCUCGCAUCCUGUUUUAUUAACCAGAGAUUAGUUUGCUGAAUUGGGUUUUCGAAACUCGGUGCCAGUGUUGGGAGGUGGUGGGAGGCAGGGGCGACGCAGGGGAGGGAUCCAGUUUGGUGAUGGUGUUGGUGGUGGUGGUGGUGUUGUGAGGGUUGUUGCGUUGGAGCUAUGGAGCUUCCAGUGAUAGACUUGGAGCCGUUUCUGAAGUGGAGGGCAGCGCAGAGUUGCGAGAGUGAGCUGCCGAUUAGCUUCUCGGACGGAUACGACAAUGGGAUCGUGGAGAAUGGCGGUGGGGGUGCAGAAAUUGGGUCUCCGCAGUUGGAAUUGGGCGAAGGUGAUGGGCUGGUGCUGCUGCGUGAGAGCUGUGCCAGAGUCGCCGCGUGCUUGAGGGAAACGGGAGCGCUUGUCAUUCGUCAUCCUUGUUGCUCUACUGAGGAUAAUGAUCGGUUCUUGGACAUGAUGGAGCGCUAUUUUGGCCAGGCUUCUGACCUCAAGCUCAAGCAGGAGCGCCCUGAAUUGCAUUAUCAGGUAGGAGUAACUCCAGAAGGUGUUGAAGUGCCUCGAUGUUCGGUGGACCUUAAGUUGCAGGAGCAUAUGAAAAGCCUGCCUGAACAUGCCCGCCCUAUCAUACCGGCUGGCCCCGAUCGGAAAUGGCGGUACAUGUGGCGCAUCGGACCGCGCCCUUCCACAACUCGGUUUCAGGAAUUGAAUGCCGAGCCUGUCAUACCUGAAGGACUUCCUGAAUGGGUGGAUGUCAUGGAUGGGUGGGGUCACAAAAUGAUCGCCGCUGUUGAGGUUGUCGCGGAGAUGGUUGCCAUUGGCUUUGGUCUCCCGAAGACAGCAUUCACUUCUCUUAUGAAGCAGGGACCCCAUUUACUAGCUCCAACAGGAAGUGACUUAUCCAAGUACGCUGAUUUGAACAACGUGUUCGCGGGCUACCAUUACGACCUCAAUUUCUUAACUAUUCAUGGGCGCAGCCGAUUUCCUGGACUCUUCAUCUGGCUCAAAGAUGGACGCAAAGUCCCGGUCAAAGUUCCAGAAGGUUGUCUUCUACUUCAAGCUGGCAAGCAGUUGGAGUGGUUGACAGGUGGCGAAUGCGCAGCAGGCAUGCAUGAAGUAGUUGUGAGUGCGAGCACUCUAAAGGCUGUUGAAGCGUCGCAGAAGGCUGGUAAGAGUCUCUGGAGGGUGUCUUCAACGAUGUUCGCUCACAUUGCUUCAGACGCACUUCUAAAACCACUUGGUCACUUCGCCACGGAAGCUGCAUCUAAUAAGUACCCUCCAAUUUACGCCGGUGAAUACGUGGAAGCGGAGCUUUCGACAAUCAAUCUGAAGAACAGCUAAUGCUAGGUCAGGCUGUUAUAUUGGUCCCCAGGAGUUUACUGUUAAUCUUAGCUUGACGUAAUUGUAAGGAGAUACAGAAGCCUUCAAACCUUUUUUCUGUAGGGCAAUGAUUACUUGAAGAAAGUAAUGUGAAUCAAGCCUGUGUCGGGGAAGGUGCUGUGCCAAUCCAGCCAAGGAGGUUGUUGAUCGCAGAAGACGUGUGUUUGCAAGCUACCAAUCUUCCCUCCGUAUGUUGGCUUGAGAAUGUAGCAGUGAAUUGAAAUUCUUUUGUCGUCUUAGUAAUCCAGGUCAUCAACCCAUAGCUUGUAGCAUGAAUCUAUUUGAAUAUAGUCCGGGUUUACGUUAUUUUUAGAAAUAAGAAGCUUCUUCUCAGUGUAGUUUUGUGCAGAAUUGGUGAAUUAAACAUUAAAAUAUUUUUUUACAUAUUACUUCUCCCUAUUGGAGGAUCAUUAUCAUUUAGUGCCA